GAAAAAAAAUUAACAGGCUAUCACACUUUCUUCCCGUGCCAAUGACUGACCAACAGAAUGAAAUCAUAGCACGCCUACAAAACCACACAUGCCAUCCGGAUACUUACCCUAAUAUGCGAAGAGGCGCUGUCCUUAUUUGCUUCGCUCCCGAGCCGUCUGGUGAAUUAGGUGUCAUUCUUACAUUGAGGGCCUCUACUUUAAGGACUCACCCAAAUGAGGUCUGUCUACCUGGAGGCAAAGCCGACGAUGUAGAUGAAAGCUUGAUUGCAACAGCGUUCCGAGAAGCUGAAGAAGAAAUUGGCUUACUUCCAUCUCAGCAUACUUACAUUACAACACUGCAUCCAUUUGUCUCGGCUCACUUAUUGAUUGUCACUCCAAUUGUAUCGAUGAUGAACGCAGAUGCUGACUUUGAACCACGAGUCAAUCCAGAUGAAGUCAGCGAUGUGUUCACUUUGCCAUUAUCUCGCUUCCUCUCGUCCUACAACCACUCGAAGCAAGAUUUAUCCUGGUACGGACAGAUAUGGAAGUAUCACACCUACGGCGUGCCACAUAUACCCGAUGUCAUCAACGAGCGCGAAUACCCUGUAACUGGAUUUACUGCUGCUGUGUUGUUACAUUGUGCCGUCAUAGGUAUUGGUGGUGAGGUCUGCAACCUUGAGGAAUUCGAAGAGGCCGAAGUGGAAGACGGCAAAUCUUGGGAAGACAUCUUUAUCACUACCAUUGUAGAAUCAGGUGAGCUUGAGAGGCGCCAAAGAAGAAGCCGCCGCCCGCAGCGAAAGUCAUCAAAGAGAUCCGGAAAGCGAACGCUCCGAAAUCAUAAGAAAACUGAAAACAGUCGAAUUUGAGUUGCGUUUUUACAAUAAAUGGGAUAUCGCAUUUACGUUCUAUGAAUCAUUUAUAUUA